AUGUCUUCUCUCCUCAUCUCAGCAUUUGCGCCAUUCCCGACUCUUUCGCUCAGCGUCGACUCGGGCACCCUAAUAGGCGACGUGCCAGCUCUUCUUCAUGACCGUUAUCCCCUCCUUCCCGAAAAUGUUGUCCUCUCUACGCACUGUGGUGUUGUCGACCUGAACACACCAGUCUCCUCUCUACACAUCGACGGCAGCUCCUUUGUGACCCUGCGCCUCACCCCUCGUCUUCUGGGUGGAAAGGGUGGGUUUGGUUCGCAGCUUCGGGCGGCUGGGGGGCGGAUGAGCAGCCAGAAAACGAACAACAACGAUUCCUGUCGAGAUCUCAGUGGUCGGCGGCUAAACACUAUAAAGGAGGCAAAGAAGCUCGUCGAGUAUCUUGAGGCUGAGCCAGAGCGGCUGAAGGCUAAGGCUGAAGCAGAGAAAGCAAAGCUCGAAGCUCUGGAACGUAAGCUAGGCAUUGAGCCAAAGAAAUCCGAGCCGGGCUCUUCCAAGUCCACGGAUCCUCCUGUGCUCGCUGGAAAGAAGCAUCGGUUUGACGAUACCGAGUACUUGGAGCAAAGUCAAGAUCUCGUUGACGGGGUAAAGAAUGCGGUUUCUGCAGCACUGCUCAAAAAGAAAAAGAAAGCAAAACUAACGCAUCCCACCACUACCAAACCCGAAUCACCGCCUGUUGUAACUCCCACUCCUGCUGCGGUCGAAGCAAUCGGUGCAUGA